GGGAGUUGUAGUUUCCUGUGUAUUGAAACCUGGGCUGCUCGCUGGCCUGCAGCGCACCGUUUUGAAGGUCCUAGCCCACCUGGGCUGGCUCACGCGCACGACUAGCCGCUCCCAUACAGCACGUCCAGGCUCUGUCGUCGCUUAAGGCCACUCCUAUUCUACGGCUGACCCCUGGUGGUCACGUGGAGCUGGUCGCCACGCAAGUCUGGGUCCUUCGGCGAUUGACCGGGGUCCUUGCUGUCCGGGAGCCUCUCCUAAGCUGCCUGUUCGCGCGAGAGUUUGGAGGGGCGGGUUUGGGGUCGGUGUCUGAUUGGGGCUCGCACCGCAGCACGCUGGAGCCCCGCUUAGGUACCGGUUAGCGCCAGGGGAGCUGGGUCAGGCGGUCGCCGGGACACCCCGUGUGUGGCAGGCGGUGAAGCGCUCUGGAGAAUCCCGGACAGCCCUGCUCCCUGCAGCCAGGUGUAGUUUCGGGAGCCACUGGGGCCAAAGUGAGAGUCCAGCGGUCUUCCAGCGCUUGGGCCACGGCGGCGGCCCUGGGAGCAGAGGUGGAGCGACCCCAUUACACUAAAGAUGAAAGGCUGGGGUUGGCUGGCCCUGCUUCUGGGGGCCCUGCUGGGAACUGCCUGGGCUCGGAGGAGCCAGGAUCUCCACUGUGGAGCAUGCAGGGCUCUGGUGGAUGAACUAGAAUGGGAAAUUGCCCAGGUGGACCCCAAGAAGACCAUUCAGAUGGGAUCUUUCCGGAUCAAUCCAGAUGGCAGCCAGUCAGUGGUGGAGGUGCCUUAUGCCCGCUCAGAGGCCCACCUCACAGAGCUGCUGGAGGAGAUAUGUGACCGGAUGAAGGAGUAUGGGGAACAGAUUGAUCCUUCCACCCAUCGCAAGAACUACGUACGUGUAGUGGGCCGGAAUGGAGAAUCCAAUGAACUGGAUCUACAAGGCAUCCGAAUCGACUCAGAUAUCAGCGGCACCCUCAAGUUUGCGUGUGAGAGCAUUGUGGAGGAAUACGAGGAUGAACUCAUUGAAUUCUUUUCCCGAGAGGCUGACAAUGUUAAAGACAAACUUUGCAGUAAGCGAACAGAUCUUUGUGACCAUGCCCUGCACAUAUCGCAUGAUGAGCUAUGAACCACUGGAGCAGCCCACACAGGCUUGAAGGAUCACCCCCAGGAGGGGAAAAUGGUGGCAAUGCCUUUUAUAUAUUAUGUUUUUACUGAAAUGAACUGAAAAAAUAUGAAACCAAAAGUACAAA